AUUUUGAAACACACCAAUACACUGUCGCACACACUUUCUCACACUCGUUCACUCUCUCUCUCUCUCUCUCCCACUGGUUACUAAAACAAAGGAGGCGUUGGAUUUGUUUGUUGGUCAAUGUUGUCAUUGUUUGGUUUGUCUUCGCUCGCCAUGGACGAAAAAGACGUGUUUGGGACACCUUUCCCUGAUUGGGAAUGUAAUAUCACAGAUAGUUUCACACCACUGCCAGAUGGAAACUUGUUUGGAGAGUUCCAAACCAUCGCAAACAUCAGCGAACCACAUCCGUUGGACCAUAUCGGUUGGCAACUUUACUUUCCGAGCAAAGACAUGCGUUCGUCACGUACAACAACUCAACACAUACGAUGCCUGGAGAAACACUACAAGGAAUUCCACCGGGACUAUCCAUUAUCGGAAGUGAAGCAUUGCAGGAGCUUUGAAUUUAAGCUUCAGCUUGCUAGGAGCGAUCUGUAUCUAAGGGAUGCGUGGCCAACGUUUGAGCAUGAUCUUCAAGAGUAUCCUGACUACACAAUAGCCUGCAUCGGGCUGGCCAUGUAUCGUAGUGUUGCGGCAUUGUGUUCCUCCACAACCGAGAUACCGAAGAUAUAUCCACAAUUGCAUUACUUUGGCACAGAGCGUCCAAUCAGCUCGAUCGAUACAAAUUGCACGGGCAAACUAAUCACUACUCGUGGGACAAUUACACGUGUUAGCCAACAGUAUGUAAAUACCACGUGGAGUACCUACAAAUGCAAAAACUGCAAACAUACGAGAGUGAUUUCGCAGUCGCAUGAAGUUGGCCGAAGGACCUGCUCAAACUGUCAUGCAAAGGGUGAACUAGUACAUCGCAGUGCAUCCGCUUUGAACCGGAAGGAAAUCCAUCGAAACAUUACGGUUCGAGAAAUGGCACUUUCAUCAAACCACAAUAAUACUCUUGACGUUAAAGUACCGGACGGGAUUGCAACUAGCUUAGUACCUGGAGCGGUUGUAACUGUAACGGGCAUUUUAAAUGUGGAUGUAUCGAAUAUGUCCUUGCAUGCGGUUUGUAUACGCGCCAACCGUAGUGAACCAUCCGCCGAUCGUGGUGUAGGGGCGACAUUCAACGCAACCGAUUUACGCGCUAUUAGAGAAAUUCAUUCUGAACCUUUGCCGCUCAAACUACUGGUACAUUCGAUCUGUCCGAACCUGAAGGGAAUGGUGACAAUUAAAGCUGGUUUGCUUUUGGCGCUGUUCAGUACUAGCAGCGACACCCAUGUUCUUCUGGCUGGUUCAGAGAGUGAUAGUAUGCGACAGCUGUUGGAACGUUGCCUAUCAGCAUCGCCCAAAGGAGCGUGGAUGAACAAUUCUUCCCAAAAGCUUGAUUCAUGGGUAGCUGCAUCGCUAUCUGGCUUUGAUCUUUGUUGUGCAGAACGAAUCGAUAUCCUGGAGAGUGUAGACAGCUUAGAGAAAAUAAUGAUCGACAGUGCAUUCAGUACGAACGGUUGUACAGCACGUGAGAAUGUGAAAGUUCCGGCUCGAGUCACCUUGUUAGCUACAGCAUUACCCGACCAAGGAUUGUUUGAUGCUGGGAAACCUUUCUUAGACAAUUUCACCAUGUCACGAGCGUUUUUGGAAAGAUUUGCCCUGGUGUUUCGAAUGGAAGACACCAUCGAUCCAGAAGACGAUCUUGUUUGCUUCAACGGGGUGCGCCUACAUCCCGAAAAACCUUCCCCAGCUAAAUGCAGUGUAGAAAUACCGUUGGUAAGACAGCUUAAGCUGCAUCCUGGAGACCAUCUCGAUCCUUUGCCAAUCGAACUGAUGCGCAAGUAUAUAGACUAUGCACGCCACCAUUGCAGCCCGGAAUUCACCGAAGACUCGACGAAGCUGUUGGAAGGCUUCUUUUCCCAAAUGUGUUCCAUCCCCCAGUGGCUAAAUAUAUGGAACGGAAUGAAAAUGAAACAAAUUCAGAACAUGGUUCGGGCAAGGGCGAGAAUAGAUCUCUCUGCUGAAGUAACUUCCCUGCAUGUGAUGGACACGAUACGGAUUGUUAGUCGCAGCUGGUACGACAAGUACGAUACGGACGACCGUGAUCCGAUGGUCCGAUUACCGGCGAAAAAGGGACCAAUGAAAGCCUCCACUGUUCGUCAGUUUCUAGAUGUUUUGCGAACACACUCGGAGCAAGUGAAGUCAAAGUUGUUCACCAUGAAAGAUCUACGCCAACUGAUGCAUGACUUUGAUCUGCCGGGCGUGGAAGAUGAGAUCGUGGAACGGCUUAACAUGCAAGGUUAUCUGUUGAAGAAGUGUGCGGGUUGCUACGAGCUGCUAGUUUGACUACCUUUUCGUUGUGUGUAGUGAAUUAUAGAAUCUCCUUUGCCUUUUCUGUAAACAAUAAAUAAAUUUGAUAUUUUUCUCUACCAUCUGCUCACAACGGUCAA